AUGCGGGAACAGCAAGAGGAGGAGAGCAAGAGGAAUUCGGAGAUCAUUGCGCACACGCGUCUGACAGAAGCGCUAAGCGGCCUCCAAGUCAAUGGCGAGUGUUUGUCUGCAAAGAACAUGGCCGCUCUGGCGUCGCCAUGCUUUUUCCACAAGAAGUUCGAUCACGCCGUGAAUAUUGAUAAAGUGCUGGAUGAGAUCACCGAUGAUGAGAGCAUCUCGCACUCUCGAUUGAUGCAGACGGCGACGAGCGUGCGUGAGGUGUCGAAGCAGCUCCAGCGCCGGCCGAUCAAGAUGAAAAUCCGGAAUGUCAUGAUUGUCACGAAGGCGCGGGACAACGAGCUCGUGCAUCUUACACGCGAGCUUACGCAAUGGCUGCUUUCUACCCCUCGGCAUGGCUCAGAAGUCGGAGUCAAUGUCUACGUGGACCACAAGCUCCGCAAGUCGAAGCGAUUCGGCAUGGACUCGAUACUAUCCCAAGACGCUCGCUUCGAGAAAAUGCUCCGUUUCUGGACACCAGAGCUGUGCUGGACAUCCCCUGAGAAAUUCGACCUCGUCCUGACCCUUGGCGGUGACGGUACCGUCCUCUACACCAGCUGGCUCUUCCAGCGCAUCGUCCCCCCAAUCCUCUCCUUCUCCCUCGGCAGCCUCGGCUUCCUCACCAACUUUCAAUUCCACCAAUACCGAGACUCCCUCAACCGCAUCAUGGGCGACGCCGGCAUGCGCGUCAACCUCCGUAUGCGCUUCACCUGCACCGUCUACCGCGCCCAAUCCAACCCCCCAGACACCGGCCCUACCCACAUCGAAUCCGAGCAAUUCGAGGUCCUCAACGAGCUCGUCAUUGACCGCGGCCCAUCCCCCUACGUCUCCAACCUCGAGCUCUACGGCGACAACGCCCUGCUCACCGUCGUGCAAGCCGACGGCUGCAUCUUCUCCACCCCGACCGGCUCAACCGCCUACUCCCUCUCCGCCGGCGGCUCCCUCGUCCACCCAGACAUCCCCGCCAUCCUCCUCACCCCGAUCUGCCCGCACACCCUCAGCUUCCGCCCCAUGCUCCUCAACGACAGCAUGCUGCUCCGCGUCGCAGUGCCUCGCAAUUCCCGCGCGACGGCGUACUGCGCGUUCGACGGCAAAGGCCGCGUGGAGCUGCGCCAGGGCGACCACGUCAGCAUCGCGGCUAGCCAGUACCCCUUCCCGACCGUGCUGUCCCAGCCGACGGAGUGGUUCGAUAGCAUCUCGCGCACGCUGCGGUGGAACACGCGCGGCGCGAUGCAGAAGGCGUGGGACGAGGGGAGUGCGCCGGAGCUGGGGGCUGGGAAGGUGGGGGAGGAGGAGAAGGGGUUUGAUAUCGAUAUUGACGAUGAUGCGGAUCGUGAUUCGGGGUAUUCGGCGGAGGGGAGUAGUGCGGGGGGGAGCGCGAGUCCUGUGCGGAGAGGUGUGGUUGUGUAG